UCGACUGGAGAGUGAAAGUUAAAUAAAAUUGCACGCAUUUCUUCUCAAUAAACUAAUAUAAAUUGAAAUAAAUUCAUUUCGUAAACCGAGAUUGGUACGCAUCAGCUACAUACAAAAAAUUGUCAAUCGUUCAAAAUAAAAUUAGUAAAAGUUUUGUUUUUCUACAUAUUUUGCAAAACAAAAAAAUAUUUUUUCCAAAAAAUAGGAAAUUUUGAAGCAAGUUAGCUAUUGUGAAAUGGACUCUCCUCCAACGACCAUAAAUCUUGCACUGGGCAACCCCCUUAUUUUGACCGCAAUAUUAAAACAGAACUCAGCCCCGUUAAGAAAUUGUCGAUUAGUUUCCCACUUUUGGAACGAUAUCGUCCUCUCCCUUCAAAAUACAAGAUUCGCGCUCAAACUUCGCCGCAACGGGGACGAAAAUGUUGACCACGAUCCUGUCCCUUUUUUCGACACGUGCUUCACCUUUGACCCCCGCCUCGCGAAACGGGUCAAUGCCGCCACGUGUUGCACAGACGCGUUGCACUCGCUCGCUGCGAUCUACUCAUUUGCCGCUAAACUGCUCCACUUAAGUGAGAAAUUUAGCGACAGGAUAGAAGUUUUGUAUCCAUUACGACAACUGUUUGGAUUCAAUUUAUCGCACCUUGAAAAACUGGUGUCCGAAUUUGAAAGAAUUCAGGAUCAGAUGUAUGUUGGAAAUUCAUGUGAAUCUGAAUUUAGUGAGGCCCCGGAAGCCAAUUUUAUUCACGGAAUUGGGAAUUAAGAAAGAUUUGACGGUGUUUG